AUGAGUCCAGCUCAGAAACUGAGCCCAGCUCUAGAUCCCAGCCUAGUGCGACAACCAGGCCCAUCUCUAGAAUGCAAACGAGCCCUGGAACCUCAUCCAACUCUGAGAACCCAGCCUGUUUCUGGAACCCAAACCAGUUCCAGAACCCAGACCAGUUUUGGAACCCAGCUCAGAUCUGAGACUCAGCCCAGCUCAGACACCCAGCCCAGCUCUAGAACCCUGACCAGUGCAAGAAUUCAGCCUAGCUCUGGAGCCCAGCUCAGUUCCAGAACCCAAACCCAGCCUGUUUCUGAAACCCAAUCCAGCUCCAGAACCCAGACCAGCUUAAGAAUCCAGCUCAGCUCUAGGAAGGGGCUUCGCCCACAGACCCCUGGCCUUGACCCUAGAACCCAGUCUGAUUCCACUCCUCCAGCCCGAACUCAGCCCCCAGACCCACCACCAAGAGCCCCAACUCCGGCCCCCAGCAAAGUCUCUCAGCCUCAACCCCAGCCCGAUGAUCUGGUACGUGGAACCCAGGCCAAUACCGGCAGAAGCCUACCGACACCCCACCUGGCCCCAAAGCCACAGGCCCCCUUGACUCGCCAGAAACCAGCCCUUUUACCUAAGCCCCAGGUGGGACCCCAUAAGUCCACUCCACCUACCACAUCUGUCACCCCUAGUUCUGCCUCCGGGGUGGCCCUCCUUCGGUCCCAGCUCCCUGAAUCCCCAGCUCAGGAGCCUGCCCACUCCCCCAUGCUCAGGGAGUCAGGAACUGCUCUGCAAGGGUCAGAGCCCCUCCCCCACCACAAGGAGCUGUAG